AUGGAAAGCUGGGUAGGCCUAAAAAGAAGCACCAAUAUCCCGGACAAGAGUAAUUGCGUAGUCCACAUCACCAAUCUGCCCGUAACUAUAGAUUACGGGACACUUUUCAGUGCCCUCCGCGGCACAGGAAAGAUAUGCCGAGCCACGAUAGCCGGGAGCGAAGCAUUCGUCCAAUUCUGGUCGCUUGAUGGCGUCACACGCCUACUGGAAAAGCGAAGACACGGUUUAUUUAUCAUCGGAACCCAAAUACCCAACGUGAAUAUCUCGAGCACUGGUGGGGAGAGAGCGAGAAAGACAACCUUACAUUCGCGGGUUCUUGUCAUCAACGGCCCCAGCGAGAUUGUAAACUAUGAAUACCUCCGGAAGUACUUUUCCGAUCGAUUCAAAUAUAGCAUAGAGUCGGUCGAAAUCACAGAUGUCCAACGAGAUCGCCAGACGAUGCGGUGGUCUUUCGCUUCCUUUAAUACCCAGAGCCGCAAAGCAUGGACGUUACUCGGGGAAGAGAAGAAAAAGGCAUAUGAAACAGGCGAUACCAACAGUCCCUGGAAAGAUGUGUGGUUUAGUUACGAAAGCGAUCCUUGCCAACCUUACCAGGCAAUCGUGCCGCUCCCGCGUAGAGCACCACCGCCACCUAUACAUCCACUACCACAUGUUGGACAACUCUACCACGAAAGCCAUCCACCUUUACCUUCCUCCGUUUCCUGGGGCCAUGAUUCAGGCAUGUGCAACGAGGACGAAGAGGAAAAUAAAAGCAAAUCCAUCGAUUGGAGUCUCGACCAAAAUGUGUCGUCUACCAGUUCUAACGGCGAUUCUGAUCAACCCUACAGGACAGCCACGCAUACAACAUCACUGCCUUCACAGACACCACCCUGUACUCGGGAAUUAUUUCACAGCCGCCGACAUUCAUGUUAA